AUGGUAGAGAUGCCAAUUAGUAUUGUUCAAGAUGAAAGAUCUAAAAAUUGGUGGAUAACUAUUAACGGUAAAGCAGUUGGAUAUUAUCCACAAGCUUUGUUCAACAACUUGAAAACAGCUAAUCAAGUGGGAUGGGGAGGGGCUACGAUUGCUGUGGGUGCUCCUAGCCCUCAAAUGGGAUCAGGAUCCUUUCCUGACCGGAACUUUGAGCAUGCAUGUUAUUUUAAAAAUAUUGGAUAUAAGAAUGAAACUAAUUCACCCUAUUAUGGACCUGAUCAGUAUGCGGCACAUAUUUACCAUGAUGCCCCUGAAUGCUUUGGAGUUGACUACUAUGGAAAACAAAAAAGUCCAUAUGGAUAUUCUCUUCAAUUUGGAGGACCGGGUGGAAGAUGUGGUGGAUAUUUUUAA